AUGCCCUCAGCCAGUAUCCUUAUACCUAAUAGUCUUCAAGGAAUGCCGAACCUUCGCAUGAAACUUCCCUCUCGGAAUUGGAUGAUCUUCUUCACCAUCACCGGCUCGUUCGCCGCAGCUGUCAUUUACGACCGGAGAGAGAAGCGCCGCGCGCAACAAAAAUGGAGUGAUCUCGUCGCUCACAUCUCCAAGGAGCAUCUUCCCAUCGAGCAAACCCGACGCAAAAUCAACGUCUUCCUGUCCGCGCCACCGGGUGACGGUAUCCGCGUAGCUCGCGACCACUUCAAAGAAUACGUUAAGCCGAUCCUCGUGGCAGCGGCACUAGACUACCAAAUCAUCGAAGGCAGAAGGGAAGGCGACAUCCGUGCUGGUUACGCGGAGCGCAUUCGCAAGUGGAGACGUAAGGCAGGCGAACCGAGUACGGUGGUGGAGGACCCCACGGUCGAAGAUGUCGUUUUCGCCGCGAGGACGCAGAUGGGCGUUAUAGAGGAGCCCGGACCGAAGGGUGAUUUGGUCAUCGGUCGCCACACAUGGAAGGAGUAUAUUCGCGGUCUGCAUGAAGGUUGGCUGGGUCCUCUUGAUCCUCCCCCUCCGCCUCCUGCCACGGAGGAUCCCGCUCCUGUGGAAUCCAGCACACCCGCCGCAGAGACCGCCUCUGAGACCAAGGAGGGCGACGCCAACGCCCCCGAGCAGGAAAAGAAGGAAGAGAAGCCUGCUAAACCCGUGGGACCGACACCAGCUUACAUCUCCACAUCCGACUACUCAUCGCAACCCCUCCCGCGUACUAUCCCCCAGACUCUUUCAGGCUCCGUUCCCAUCGCCUUCCCCCACAUCCUGGGUUUCCUCAACACCCCCAUCAGACUCUACCGCUACCUUAACCAGCGCCACAUGGCCGAGAGCGUAGGCCGCGACGUCGCAGCCAUUGUCCUGGCCUCAUACAGCCGCCCUUACAACACCGGCUCCGUCUCCUCGGAUGCCUCCCCCAUCUCCGACGAUACCCUUGGCAACACCACCUAUGAACAACAGACCGUCCUCGAGGAGGAAGAAAGGGAAUGGCAUAAGUCCGUCCACCGCAAGGACGAAGCCAACCCUGACAAGGAACGCGAGUGGCUCGACGACAUCGUCAUCGAUCCGCGCCUCGCCUCCCGCAUGCAUCGCUACAGCGUCUCGCCUGAGGAAGAGGCCCGCGCUCAGCGCAUCCUCGAAGGCCAGGAAUACAUCCUGGGUCAGGAACGCCCUGUUCCUGUGUCGUUCUGGAAGCGCAUGUGGGUGAAGUAUGGAUACGGAGAGGAUGAGGAGACGUUGAGGAGGAAGCCCAUCUUGGGCAACCUUGAUGAGGAGUAA